AUGACGACUCGCUCAAAACCGACCGUUCUCCUCAUUCGCCUCGCAAGUCGGCCAGGCUUUUACGAACAAUAUGCCCACCUGCUGUCUGCGCUAGACGAGCGGUGCUCACUCGUCGAAGUCCGCACCGACGCCGAGGCGAUCACGCGCCUCAGCAAUCCGCAAGCAAUUGCCGCGGUGGUCGUAGCCGACGGCGCCAUGGCGGAGCUGUCGCACUCCAAGACGCCGGCAGCGCUCAAGCGCUACGUGAAAGACGGCGGCGGCACCGUCGUCUACGCCUGCGACUUCGCGGCCGAAAUACAUGCCAAGGACAUGAACACUCUUUUCCUCCAAGUGUGGGGACUCAACUGGAGGGCGGACGCUUACCGCAAGGCCAAGCACAGGCUAACGCGCCUGGAAGUACUGAACGUGUCGAAGCAGGAGCUCGCAAUCGAGAACGAAGAGGACUCAUCUGUACUCAACUACCACGCGUCGGUCGCAUUCUCCGCUUCUGGAAAGGGACACGUUGGCUACGUAGGCAGCCUGCACGGCACACCCCAGACAACGCCAGUCAUCCUUGCUCUCUGCAGCCUUCGAGAACCGGAAUUUCCAAACGCAGUGGACGAUCCGAGGUGGAAGCGUUCCAGAGAGGCGGAAGUCGCGGCGCGUGCAGAAAAGCGGCGUGCGAUGCAGAAAGAACAGAAUACAGAAGGCGAGAAUUUCAAGGAUAAGGCGAGUAACAUGACAGACCCUUCAGAACAUACGGGGGUCGGUGGCCGCAACAUCUGUCUCGCCUACCUCCUCGACAAAUGCCACCGCCCGGACGACUUCUGCCCCUACUCGCACGAGGAAGAGUACCUCCGCCUCGACGGCUGGUGGAACGACCCGAUUGAAUAUCCGCGAUUGCAGCGCAUGGUGGAAUCGAGUCACGAUCACAUCCCUAACCCGUUCGGACCGAAACUUCCACCAGCUACUGUGUCGGAGAUGUGCAUGCGCGCGGAAGCCAAGGAGAUCGAGAAGAUGGGUCCUUUCUUCAACGGGACGAUGCGCGACAUGCUGGGUUGGACAUACGAGGAAUACUGCCUGCGCAAGUCCGGAAACGACCCUGCGAAGGGAGGGAGACAAUCGAACCCAUUUCUUGCUGGGGUGAUGGUACUAGAGGGGCGGAGGGCAGGGGCGUGAAAAAGGCGCAAAUCAUCGGCUUCUUGAUGGGAGGCAAAAUGCCAGACGAUCCCAACCCGUGCUUUGAAUUUGACUUCUUCUGAUGGCGUACGAGUACUCGCUUUCGAUGGCUCGGACUGUACAGCCUGUGUAGUGUGAAGAGGGGAAUCACCCUGCAUUGGAUUCAAAGCGCGCAAAUAAAUAUUUG